AUGAAAUGUUUAACUUGGAACUGUCGAGGGCUUGGGAACCUUCGAACAGUUCGUGAACUUCACUUCUUGGUGAAGCAAAAGGGCCCAAAUAUCCUCUUUCUCAUUGAGACUAAGAGUUCGAGAGAGGGGACUGAACAAAUCAGAAACAGUAUUGGCUUUGAUCGAAGUUUUACAGUUAAUGCUAAAGGGUCAAGUGGCGGAUUAGCUAUGAUGUGGAAUUCUGAAAUGGAUAUAGAGGUUCUUACUUAUACCAGUUUUCAUAUCUCAGUUCAAGUAAAAAAUUCCAAUCUUGGGAAGCUAUGCACUAUCAUAGGAUUUUAUGAACAUCCAGUAACUGCAAAAAGAGAGGGUAGUUGGCAAUUGCUUAGGCUUUUACAACCUAAAGACAAUAUCCCUUGGUUGUGCAUGGGUGAUUUUAACGAAAUUAUGUAUCAACAUGAGAAAUGGGGAGGAGCUCAAAGAUCCUUUACUCAAAUGCAAGGUUUCAAGAAUGCUUUACAGGACAGUGAUUUAUGUGACUUGGGAUACCAUGGAAUCAAAUAUACCUGGUCUAACAAUAGGGCAGGUUCUGAUUUUACCAAGGAGAGGCUUGACAGAGUAUGUGCUAAUACUCUUUGCAUUACCAUGUUUCCUUCAAUAGAGGUCUCAACAAUUGCAUCAAGUUCUUCAGGUCAUUAUCAACUUUUGACAAUUUUGAACACUCAAACACAACCUGUUAGUAGAAAAGAAAGGUUGUUCAGAUAUGAAUACAGUUGGGGUUCUAAUAAUGAGGGUAAGGAAUUAAUUUCAACUGCUUGGCAUGUCCAGAACAGUAUUGCUAAUUCAUCAGAAGGAUUGAAAUUCAAGAUGCUUAGAUGCAAAACACAAUUACUGAAAUGGAGUAAGACCAAGGAAAAAGAAGCUUCUGAUUCUAUUAAGGUGCAGCAAGAUAAGAUUGCAAAUCUACAAGCUAGAAAUACAGGUGAAGCAAUAGCAGAAAUUCAACAGAUUAAAAGGCUCAUUAAUUGGAAUCUGGAACAAGAAGAAGUGAAGUGGAAACAAAUGUCUAAACAAAGAUGGCUUAAAGAGGGUGAUAGAAACACAAGUUAUUUUCACAAGUGUGCUUCUCAAAGGCGCAAGACUAAUACUAUCAACAACAUCUAUGAUGGAGAGGGGCAUCUUCAAAAUUCUGCUCAAGUCAUUAAUCAGAUUUUUCAAGAUUUUUUCAAGGAUCUUUUUUCUACUUCAAAUCCAGUGGGCCAACAGCAAUUUGUAGAGACAAUGCCAAGAGUGAUCACAGAUGAGAUGAACCACAUGCUCCAGAAAGAUUUUGAAUUUUCUGAGGUUUAA